GAAUGUAUGCAUCGCGCGAGUUAAUUCUGCGGUAGCGGGGCGCGCAAUGCUUCUUCGAGAAAAGAGUAGCGGUGUUGGCUUGCGGCUCUCCCAUUGGCUGUCCCACAGGAUGCCCAGGUGUUGACAGAGAUGGAAUCAGCAGCUGGAUCUCACGACGUUGCCUGACAGAGACACCGAAAGUGAGGCUCGCCUUGCUAUCAUUCCAAUUGUAGCCUAUGCUACACAGAUUUGAAUGGAAAUUGAACAGUAUAAUUAUCAACAAGGAGAACAAAGAUAUGUAGCGUUAAAUCCGCACAUCGCCCGUCUGCGCCCUCCCUCUGUAAUUCAAACCCCGUGACUCCUCAAUGGUGCCUGCUGCAACCGCUGCGUGGGGAAAAUAACCUGAAGACAAGGCUGUCAAAGUAUCUGAGACUCAUCUAAAGGAAGUUUACACUUGUCCGUUUAUCUGAACGCUUCCUUCCACGUUGUGUGUCCGGGAGAGCCCUCUGUUUGGAGGCUGUAGCUGGCGGUCAUCCGGCGCUCGUCAGCACCCCGUGGCGGUGGCAAGGCCAGGAGAGAUGGGGCGCAAGCUGGACCUGUCGGGCCUGACAGACGACGAGGCGGAGCACGUGCUGAAGGUGGUGCAGAGGGACAUGAAGCUGAGGAAGAAGGAGGAGGACAGGCUCAGUGAGAUGAAGCAGGAGCUGGCGGAGGAAGGCAGUAGAUGCUCCAUCCUCUCCAAGCAGCACCGCUUCAACGAGCACUGCUGCAUCCGCUGCUGCUCUCCCUUCACCUUCCUGGUCAACCCCAAGCGCCCGUGUCUGGACUGCCAGUACAACGUCUGCAAGACCUGCCGCACCUACAGCAAGCGAGAGAAAGCCUGGCUCUGUACCGUCUGCCAGAAGACCAGGAUAUUGCGGACCCAGUCUCUAGAAUGGUACUAUAACAACGUGAAGAGCCGCUUCAAGAGGUUCGGCAGUGCCAAGGUUCUGAAGACGCUCUACAGGAAUCACAUAGUGGAGAGAGGAGGCAUCUUGGAUCUACCAGAAAGCAGUGUUCACGACGGAAGCAAUGACAAUGAUGGCAGCGUCUGUGGCAGUGACUCAACCUUCUACAGGCAGAGUGAAGGACACAGCAUGGCAGAGACCCUCACGGUUGCCCUGCGCGUUGCUGAGGAGGCCAUAGAGGAAGCCAUCGCCAACGCAGAGGAAUUCAGUGACAGCUUGGAGAAGCAGAAUGAGGCUCGCUACCUACGGGACCACAAAGAAGAGCUUAUAGAGGAACUGGCCACAACCAUCGUACAAAAAAUCAUCCAGAGGAGGAAGCAUUCCGAGAUGCAGACAGAGUAUGACUUUGUGUGGCCCCAGAGACCGAGCCAGGGCCAGCCUCAGGGCAGUGAGCUGUCUUCCCCCAGCCAGCACCCUCACAGCACCCUGGCCCAGGCCAACCAGGCCCACCUCAAGAGCUCCUACUCCCUCUGGAGGUCACGGUCGGCAUUCUCCCUGACCAGUGAUGACUCCCCAGAGAAGGUGACUGAGGCACUAAUGGGGGCGGGGGGCGGGGUACAGGACUACGCCUCUCUGAAGAAGGAGACGGCCAGGGCCUCCUCACUGCCCAGCUGGAAGAGUGUGGACCGCCUGGACAACUCCAGUGCGUCUUCGGUGCUGCAGAGCCCUGAUGGAAACUGGAUUGCGCUGCAGAGCUCUCAGCACUCCCGUCCCAGCCUACUGGCCAAGAGAAAGUCGCUGGUGUUCAGCGUCCUGGAGAAAGAGUCUGGCGUGGUCUCGGCCUAUGAUGAGAUGGGCUCUGAUUCCGAUCAGGAGAACGACAAGGGGGGCUGGGGCGCCGCGCUCCGCCAGUUCCGGCAGAAACUCUCAGACGAGACGUACUACACGGACUCCCAACACGACCCGGAGUGGACGUACACCCCGGUCCACCUCCCGGUCACCUCGCCUUCCUCGGGCCAGUACACCAACACGGAGACCGUCAACUCUGACUCAGAGUCCUCGUCGGUACACUCCGCCCGCCCCCGCAAACCCUUCCAUAACGUGAUGGGAAGAAAAGGCCCUAACUCAGACUCGCAUCUUCAUCCCCAGCAGGCUCAGUACCACCAUCAUCAUCAACACCAGAACUUCCCCUCGUACCCGCUCCACCCGGAGGCGCUGGAUGUGAACUUUAACCCCAAGGUGACUGGGGAUAGUAGCGAGGCAGAGGACAGCAUGCAGAGCAACCAGGUCAGGAGGUCGCGGAGACGCAGGAAGAGCAAGAGGGAAGCGGCGGGGAACCAGACACACACACAGCCCCUCUACGCACAAUCUGUACAGGAGAACAGUAUCCUGCUGAACGGCCUGUUGAAGAGGGGCAUGAGUGAGGAGAUGGCCGCCCCUGAUGUGGUGCCCGAGGCCAUGACCCCCGAGCCCGAGGACCAGGACACUGUGGCCCCUAACUCUGCGGCCCCUAGCCCCCGUAACCCCAUGACCCCUGACCCCCUGUCCACCAGCAGCACUGGGCCUGGCUCCGGAGACACACUGGAGCAGGAGCUCCGCUCCAAACUGAGCCAGCUGGUUGGACGAGCCAACAGCAAAGAAGUAGUGAGCUCAUCUGAGGACGAGCCAAUCAAAAGUCCUGGAGGGAGAGACCGAGAAAGUGACAGACCGAAAGAGACGCUGAGGCAGAAUGAGAGAGAAGGUGAUCGGCAGAGACAGAGUGAGAGACCGAGAGACAGACCGAGGAGUAAAAGUCACGAUAGGGCGAAGAGAGAGACAAUCGAGUCAGUGAAAGGGCCGGAACUGAAAAAGAGAGAGAGACUAACGGAAAGGCCGAUAUUAACAGAGGAGGAGAGAGUGAAGGAGAGGAGGUUGGGGAGAGGAGGAAAGAGUUUGGAAGAGAAAGUAGAUGACAGAGAAGAGAAGAGAGUGGAGAAGAACAGGCUCAGUAAGAGACCACAGGGACAAGAGGUGGACAGAAAGACUGAGAAAAAGGGGGAACAAGUGGAAGACCAAAAUGAAAAGACCGGAUCCACGCCCACCUCGCUUGCUAUUACCCCAUCUGUCCAGGAGGGGGUGCUGUGUGACGGACAGAAGUACUCGGCCGCAUCUCUGUGCAGUAUCACCACAGAAGUCCUGAAGGUGCUCAACGCUACCGAGGAGCUGAUUGGUGAGGCGGGGGGCGAUAGCGUCACCCCCUCAGAGUGCAUGAGCGCGUCUGAAUCCUUCUCCAGCAGCUUAGAGACCAGGGAGCUGGACCAGAAACUCACAAAGAUGGAGGAAAACGUGUACCUGGCUGCGGGGGCGGUGUACGGCCUGGAGGGGGCACUGGGGGACCUGGAGGAGGUGGCCCGGGACAUCAGCAGUAGCACCUCAGACAGAGAGCUGGCCUUCCUGGAGGACCAGGUGGCCACUGCCGCCACCCAGGUGCAGCAGUCUGAGCUCCAGAUAUCAGACAUCGAGGUGAGGAUAUUAUCUUUAAAAACAGCUGGACUGAACGUCACCGCCUGCAAUCGUUUCUCCAAGUUCCCCAAGCCAAAACCUAAGCCUCAAACCCUCGACACGUCACGUCAACAGAGGAGAAAGCUACCUGCCCCUCCAGCCAAAGAUAAGGAGUCCGAGCAGCAGGUGAGAGCACUUCAGCCGUACUGACAUACAGACAGCACAAAAAGUCCCUCGAGGGCACCUGUGGACCCCCGCGGGGCCUCUCCAAUCCAGUGCCUUGAAUCAGCGUCCGCUUCGGGCUACACAGGGACUAACAACUGCCCUGUGCACCCCAACCAGCGCUCUCCUCAGCCAGGCACUUCCCCAUCUUGUCACCCUCUAAAAAUGACCCCAUACCAUGCCUCCCCAUCCUACUCCACCCCCCCCCCCCCCCCCCCCCCCCCCGGGCCUCACUCACUGUAACCACCACACCACGAUGGUGGGUUGAUAGACUGUGUGUCUCUGCCUUAAAAUCAGCAUACGAACACUCCUCACCGUGACAACUCACUGUCUUACUAUCAAAAGAAGACGUCACUUCAGAGUCAUUGUAGUACAGAAAAUAAAAAACAUCUAACUGUUUGCAAGAGUGUUGUAGGUGUUUGAAAAGAGUGUUGUAGGUGUUUGAACUAAUGAACAAAGAAGAUGUGAAAAACCCACGUGAAAUACUUCUGUGGUACGUGUCCCUAAAGAGGCUAAACCAUGUUUUAUAUACUACUGUUUUACUUUCUCUCACCGAUGAAAUGUCAUGAUGAAUUGUAGAGCAGUUGCAGAACCUGUUCAAUGUUGACAUUAAAUUAUUAUUUCUGUGUAAAGACUCAAAAGUAAUAAUUUCCCUGAAACUAGCAAAAAAAAAUCCUCAUUCACCAAGAUAUGGUCUGAUGUUUUUCAAAUUUUAGAAAAGGAGAUUACUUGAAAAAACAUCGGUAACAUAAGGUAGCAUGUGAACACAACUCAACCUUUUUGAAGGAGGUGAUUUUGUGAUGACAUAAUUACUCUUGUGCUUAGUUACCAUAUUUGGAGAAAGGUUUGCUAUAUUGCUAGUAAUGUAAUGAAACAUUUACAUUUAAUUGCAUUUUCAAAUAAUGAAGCAUUUGUCACACAAAUAGGCUACCUAUCUGUAAAGCAUUUAUGAACCCAAAGAAGCCAUGAAUGAAUUAAAUGAACAUGUGUUUCUUACCAAUUUAAAAACGCCUGUCUAUGAAAUUGUCACCAUCUAAGCCGUUAGUUGUUAUUUUUAUAUUUCAUUUAUUUCAGCUUUGUGGCCUUUAUUUGGCAUAGAUCCUGAUUUGUCACCUGUGCUGUAUGGCUCCAGUAAUGAAUUGUACAUUGCGUUAAAUAUCUAGUAAAGAUGUAAACAUAAUGAAGCCUAAUGGGCUGUAUGACAAAAUGCUAUGAAAACCAUGAUUUUAUUACAAGCAUUUGAAUUUUGAACUUUUCAAGAUUGUUAUAAUUUUCACUAAAACAAAGUGAGUGGAAAAUGGCGUAAGCUUUCUCCCCCUCUGAAAGCUUUUCUCAUCAGUUAUGUCUGAAAGCGUGUCAUGUUUCCAUCUUCAAAGUGCUUUACAUGUGUGGCUGCAUUAAUUGUCUAAAAACUUGUGAUUUCAAAAGUUGAUAAGGGUAUUCAUAUUCAUGAUAAAAUGGGAGAUGCUAUAAAUAGUAGUUGAUGCAGUGUGUGACAUAACUCCAAAGAGUCUUGAGUGCUCAGCCUGUUUCUAUCAAGUGUCUCAUUGUAGGAGUACUGGUCUAGGAUCAGAUCUUCCCUGUCCAUGUUAACUGUAUUCAUUGUGAUCUACAAAUACAGGCCUUGCUCUUUAUAUUUAGAAAGUCAAAGUAUUAAUAUAGAGGAUAUGAAAUACAAGGUUGCGUAGGGUUCUGUUCGUGUCUACUGCUCGGUAAUGACAGGUAGAAUAGUAUGACGUUUGCUUUGGUCCGUGGUGUUAUGUGCAGCCUUUUUUCAGGCCACACAUAACACCCUAGACCAGAACUAGUAUAAAGUGUCAUCUAGUUGUCCUUUGAUAACAGGUUAUUCCCAUACCUCUGGACUGCUGGGACUUCUGUUGUUUUUACAUGAUAUUAUGAUAUUUGAUUCUAUUGGGUUCUAUUUGAACAAUGUCCACUGGUGGGUCCAUAUAUUCAUCCUAUGAUCGCUUUUAGCAGGUUUUGCAGAUCGUUCCUGUAUGUUGUCGUUGUUCCUGGAGGUGUGUUGUGUAUAAACGCAUGUUAAAUAGAUGUACAAAAUUCUCACGAGAAGCACAGCCAAGGGGUUCAUCAUUAUCAAUGUCCUGUAUUUUUAUAUUGUAAAAAAAAAAAAGUGAUCUCACCUCAGAAUUUGUUUAUAUAUAUGUAAAAAAAAAAAAACGGAUAUGACAUAAGAUAUAAUUGCCCAAUCAUAAACUUGAUCCUUCUGUGUCUGUGGGAGACUGUGCAACUUAGCUGCCAUCAUGACUGAAUGACUGCAGUGAAAUUCACUAUGCACAGCUUUGAUGGACUAUUCACUCAUGUGCAAUCGUUUGUUGCAAUCCAUAUCAUGUGUUGGGGAAAAUAUAAAGAAGCAAAAAAUGUAUUCUCUAUGUGCCAAAUUGCUCUGAAUGAGAAAAAGUGUAAUACUAAAUGAAUAAAAGUUUGCAUACCUGAAUGA